ACCUCGCCGAAGUUACACUCCGACUGGCAGAGUUGAAACAAUACCCGCCUCCCGAAUAUCGAAGUUCGAGGUAGAAUCAUGAUGGUGAACAGUACUAAUACGCCGUACACCGGGCCCCGUGCCCCGUGCACCCUGAUAUUCUAUCGGAACUCAGCAAGUCAAAGCAGUCGCAUCCUGAGGAACAAUAAAGCAUGCAAGUUACCUUUCACCAAAGUGUAAAGUUCGCUCGCGGGUGUUUUUGUUUAGGGGGCCGUGAACUUCGAAUCCUACGGAAGACGGCGUCCUCAAGACUUCGGGCCGUAUCUGAGUGCGGGACAUGUUGUGGGCACUCAGUUGGAAUGUUUCAGUAACCGGCAUAAUAAUAGGAUCCGUUGCCCAUCGACUCAGAUCCUUUGGAUGCCAGCGCCGAGCCGUUGAAGAGCUUCUGCGAUUAAAAAAAAUUAUAUCGAGAACUCUCACUCCGCGUUGUUUUCAAGUCGAUGGUGUUCCCUUGCCACCGCAGGACAUUGAGCAGAUAAUUUGUGCGAGUUUCUGCGGACUCGCUACUUUACAGGCGGGUGCCCGCUCGCUCACCGAUUUUUCAGGCACGCAACCGGCUUUCAUCUUCCUAUCGAACAAGAAAACUGCGGCGUCACUAGCAGACGUGCCUGUCCCGAAUAAAAUCCAAUUCUCUAUUGUCAAUGUCGGACCAAUCGUGUUUAUGGUCUCCAGGACCUCAGAAGUCGAUCCAGUCUUCUUCGUUGAACCUACUUCUUCACAUCCAACCUUCAACUUUGUCUUCGGACUUUCAUCCUUAUACGAGGACAAAUGGAUUCUUUCUUCUCCAUCGCUGCUAUCACUCCUGCAGAGGAGACUCAAGUCCCUACCAAUUAUGAGGGAUCAGGGAGCAAUGGCUCUCCCCAGUGCACUAUCGCUUAAGCUUGCGAGGACCUACAGCUCAUUUAUCAUCUCCACCCUUUUCGACCUUCUCUGGGAUGUCAAAUUUCAAGUUCCUUUGUUUUUGUUCGCACAUACGAUACAAUAAAUGCACUAUGCGCCUAUGCGCUAACGGUCUAUCUUAACUGUACUAUUAUUUGGGCACCCUAGUCUUACGGGUCAGUGUGGGAGGACAUUGUAGAGGUGAUGCAUACGGCUGGGAGGGCUGGGAUUGUUUUGGGUUGGAUAGAGGGGGGAAAAUGAAUUUGAUUACUUCGA